AUGGAGUACGAGAGGAUACACACGGUUCAGACUGGUAUAAUAUCUCCAAGUAAAUUGAGGAUGAAACUAUUGGGGCCUCACCAUCAGAAGAAAAAGGAGGAAUCAAACUGUGGCUCUUCAAGAACAUCUCCUGCCAGGCUUGAGGAUUCCAAGUUAGUGAAGAACAGCCUUUUGGCAAUCCAAAGUGGAGAUUUUAAUGAGGAGGCUUGCAGUUUAGAAGUUCAACCAGCUAAGUACGGUAAUUUGGUGUUGGAUGCUGGCCAAGGUGAUUGCAAUUCCUCCCAGCAGAAGGAGCUUGCCCUGAGGGAAAAUGGGAAUCCUACUCAUGCCAAAAUGCAGCUUGUCCCAAAGACUGAUGGCAGUAAUUCGAGUUCAGUACACCCUGUAAGAACAUAUGAAGAUGAAAAUCUUGAUUAUGAUAGUACUUCGAGCUUUGAAUUUCACAAAGGGGAGAGAACUCAACACCAGUCCAUGGCACGGUCAUUUUUGGGACCUACGCCUUCCAAAUGGAAUGAUGCGGAGAAGUGGAUUAUGAAUAAGCAAAACAAGCAAUCUAAUUCUUCAAAGAAGACAAAUAUAAAUCUGCAAAAUCAACCGAACUGGGUGACAGCUGUGAAUUCGGUUCGAGUUGCUCCAGAGUCUACUAGUUAUGAAUAUAAUAAGUCAUCAGUUAAGAGGGUAGAAUUUAGUCAGCCUGCAUCAGGGACAGGUUCGGGUAAUUUUGGUUUUGAGUACCGUGGAGCUCAACCCACUUCAGAUUCAGCAAAUGGAAUGAAUGCAUUAAUUGAUUUGUGCCCUGAAAGCAAGGAUUUGACAGAGGUGCACAUUAGAGGAUCAUCUUGUUCAAAGAGCACAAUUGAAGAUGCCACAGGCAUUCCUUCCAUAAGGGCAGUUUCAAUGAGAGACAUGGGAACAGAAAUGACUCCUAUUCCGAGUCAAGAACCUUCAAGAACUGCUACUCCAGUUGGUGCAUCAACCCCACUCCGCAGCCCAAUUUCUUCUAUACCAUCUACUCCUCGAAGAGGAGAGCGAGCACCCACACCAGCAGAGCACUCUUUUGGCAAUGCAUCACAAUAUUUAACUGCAAAUGGGAAAAAAGAGCCAUCCGAGCAAGACCAAAAGCACAAGACGAGAAGAGAGAUUGUAGCCCUAGGUGUCCAACUUGGUAAAAUGAAUAUUGCUGCUUGGGCAAGUAAGGACGAGAAAGAGAAAAGUAUCUCUGGAAAUGAAACUGUGGAGGUUGAUGAUGUUCGAAGAAUAGAGUAUUCAAAACGAGCAUCCGCAUGGGAAGAAGCUGAAAAGUCCAAACAUUCUGUCAGGUUUAGACGAGAUGAAAUAAAAAUCCAAGCAUGGGAAAGUCAACAGAAAGCAAAGCUUGAAGCAGAGAUGAGGAAAGUAGAGGCAAAAGUUGAGCAAAUGAGAGCACAAGCCCAAGCGAAGAUGGUCGAGAAGAUUGCAUUGGCAAGGCAUAAAUCAGAGGAAUUGCGGGCUGCUGCUGAGGCUAGAAAAAAUCGGCAGGAGGAGAAAACUGCUGCGCAGGUAGAAUACAUUCGUGCAACUGGUCGAAUUCCAUCAUCUCCUUUUAUCUGUUGUGGUUGGCCAUAA